AAACCGUCUCUCCGGAAUGAAUCUUAGCUCGGCCGCGCUACUGGGACUUGGUCGGCUCAGGAUUCGAAAUUCUCACGCUACUUUUUCUUUUCUCAGAUUCGUUCGAAAUUUCGCGUGUGGGAGUGGCUUUGCGCGGAGUAUUCUGUUGUUAUCACUUUGAUGUCGUGAUUUUAGGGGUUAUCGUUUUGUGGUGAGGCGGUUCAGAGGAACAUGUUAAGUUGAAAUGCUGGUGCAUUGGGAUCUCUUGGUUAAGUGUGUGACAGCCACGGUUGGGAAUCGAAAUUAUGGUUGGGAGCGUGUCUUGGUCAGCUGACAUUGCCGUUAGGUUACCUCCAUGACAGAGAUUCGCUACAUUCAACUAUUGUCCAGAGGAUUAGACCAGGUAUGACAUCCUGGAUCUGAUAGAGAAGCCAUUGAGAAGAGAGAAGCAAACCUAUGAGAAGUCCAGGAUUCAGUUAUGCAAGAAGUUCAGUCGAUAGAUACAUGAAGGAUGAUAUGAUUCGCAGGAAGAGAAUUCGAGGGAGGCGGAGGUAGAUGGAGCUGAUGAAUGAACGGUGGUGCAUUCAUGCUCUGGGAAGGAAGUUACAUGCUGCGCGCGGGAGGUGAAAACCAGAACCCGGCAGAACACCGGCCGAUCUCCAGAGUUCAUCCUCCACCAUGCCAUGCCUGAAUGAAGCGCCCCCUAACUUCUCCCUCUGUACCCCUCAUCGGCACUCACUUCCACACCCUCUCUUUCGCCAGAGAUUUGCUCAGCAUUUGCAGGCUACUUAGGAAUCCUCGUGCACCUGAGAUCGUGAGCCAACUAUCUUGCCCCUGAAAAGAACACAAAAUAAAGAAGGAGAAGGUCAUCAAGCCUGACCAUCGUUGAACUCGUCGUGCCACAAUGUUGACAGGACAGCUUCCAAGUUUUUGUUAGUUGUUAGAACCCGUGAUCCAGAUUAUAGUCUUAGUCACGUACUUUAAGAGAAUUUCAAGUGGCAUGGGUUGGUUAUUUGUGAUGGAAUCUAAGUUUCGAAUGGGAGCUCCACAAAUCUCCACUUACAAGUCGGAGCUAGGUUUAAAUUGAGUCUGCUAGAGCGACAUUCGCGUCUUCGAGACAUUCCUGCAGGCAGUCGGAUACUCUAUUAUAACUUUUUUAAGAUCUUACAUAGGUUGCUCAUUGCAAGAGAUAUUGCUUCGUCACAGAGACCACGGUCUCAAUGGCGAACCGUCAGUUGGCAACAGUUUCAUUGAUCCUUGGAAUUGUGUUCGCCAAUCUCGAUUGUACGCUUGGAAACUUGGAGUGUGAAGACCUGCCAAUUGAAUAUUGCGCGUUUUCAGUCGCCUCAUCAGGAACACGCUGUGUGUUGGAGAAGUACAGAGGGAAAGAUGGCAUCAUACUGUAUGAAUGCCAGUCAUCUAUGACUAUGGCCGAGAGAGAAGAGGAGUGGAUUGAGUCUGACGAGUGCAUUAUAUCAUGUGGAAUGGAGCGCAUAUCCGUUGGCCUUUCCACGGAUCUUCUCAUGGAUUCUCACUUCACAAAAAUGCUCUGCUCUUCUGAGUGCCUGAACAACUGCCCCAACUUAAUUGAUCUCUACACCAGCCUUGCUGCUGGUGAAGGAAUGUACUUGCCACAGUUAUGCAAAGAACAGACAAUAAAGCGCAUCAUUGCGGAUCCGAUGAAGAAGGCGACUGAUGAGGACUAUCCAAGGUUCAUCCUCCCGAACCUCCAGAGCGAUGGUGCAAUGGCUCCUGAGAGAAGCCCAAUACGCCAAAGCGGCGCAGGUUUUACCCCAGCCACUGGGUCACGCCUAGGGCCAGAUUACCCCGGCUAUGGCAGUAGUCCCCGGGGACUUUCUGGAGGUGGGGGCACCGUAGCGCCCACUUCUCCAGGUUUGGGCGUCUAUUCUUUACCACCUUUAGAUGGUGUAACAAUUCCUCCAAUUCAGACAGCGCCUGCAGCACAUGCACUUGCAUCAUUAGGCCCAUCCAUCAGCAGGCGCCCUUUCUUCUUUGCCUCGGCACCCACUCCAUCGCCUUCUACACAAUCCAUUCCAGUGGUAGACACUGCAGUGGGAUCCUCGCCAGGGUUUGAUCUAGGAUUUCCAGAGGCAGCUGCAGUGCCCCCAGUUGUAUGAAUGAUCCCUUUUAUUUCUGCACCCGCAUUGGCAUCCAAACUGACUCACAUGUCAGAAGAAUUCUUGCAGUAGCCAACAACUUCAUCAGGGGGAGUAACUUCACGAGAUACACUUUUACCAGAUUGAACAAUGCAAUCAGUCAACUUUCUAACUAUCUUUGAUACCAUCAACUACUUACCCUUGCGUUUGUAAAGUGAUUAUUCAAGAUUAUUGCAUAAUUCAAUUGAACGUGAGCUACCAAA